CGCGUCGUGCCACACAAUACUGAGGCGCGUGACUAUCCCGUCUUUGUUUGUCCUGGUAACGGUUCCCUGGAGAGCGCGAGGACAAAAAACGACUCUUCGCGCGCACAGAAAUGCUGUUUUGGCGCUCUGAUGAGUGACAGUCACAGAUGGUUGGACCCUUGGACACAGCCAAUCUUUCGCUUGAAAUGGGCAGACCAGGAGUCCGCCUGACUAACACCGGUCUUGACCAAUACUGCACCACCUACAGACAGUCUUAUGGUCAGGAGUUAUUUCAGUCAUGUCUAGGUCAUCGCUCUUGGACGGGUUACUCUUCAAACCACCGUCCUGUUCUGUACUACAGCUCCAGUUUGGAUCGCUAUGAUAAUCCACAGUUUGGCCACUCAUUGAUGGACCGUUUUGAGUCUCAGUCUAAGCGUCAUUAUCAGAAUCUGGUUCUGUCUAAUGGGACAGAGUCUUUGGCCUGCUUUGGGUCCAGAAACAGAAAGAGUGGAUAUUUGCAACCCGACCCUCAGCCAAGACCUAGGGCAGGAUCCUUUCAAACAGAAUAUAAAGGCACUUACAUUCCUCACCAUCUCAGAGUUUUAGGUAAGUAAAUGGUGACCGGUGUUAUUGGACCCAGAGAGGAGAGUGGAUACACCGAGGGAACCAGUCUGCAGCUAAACACUUUCCUACCUCAAAACAUUAACAUGGACGACGCUCGUAGGACACAGGAAAGUGUGAUGAGGACUGACUUCCUGCCCAGAUCUUUCCUACAGGGCAAUGGAGCAUUACCAAAACUUGCUUCUCGUGCACUUCGAGAAACUGGCUACACAAGAGACACACAAAAGCCUCUGGCCAGUUCAGCCUCUGUCCUGAGUAACUCAAAUGAGGACUGCAAACUGAAGAUCAGACCUGCCGUAGCUAGAUGGUCCGCUGGGCCGACGAGCUCAUCAGGAUUCAUUCUGAACGCCCCCAACAUUGCAAGCCUUUCACACACGCCAGCCUAUCCGCAACACUUCCUCACACACUACCAAAGCAAAUUUUGUAAGCAGCAGAGAGCAAACUGGGUGAGAGGGGGCAUACAGAGACAAAGAAAGAGUGGUUACAGUGGACGAGACACAGACAGGUUAAUUUUGAGUUGAAAUAACAUCUUGGCUUCACAAUAA